UGGCCCGCCCUUCCUUGCUUCCGAUUGGCGAGUUUCAAACCCACUGGCGCCAAUGAGAGUGGGCGCACGCGCGGCGCGCCUGCCUUAGCUCCAGGCGCGGCCUUUGAAGAAAAACUGUCACUGGAGAAUCAUGGUGCGGCCGGGACUUUCAGCCGCCGCUGAAGAGCGGCGGAAAAAGCUUCAGGAGUACCUAGCAGCCAAGGGGAAACUAAAGUGCCAAAACACCAAGCCUUAUCUAAGAGCCAAGCAUAAUUGCCCGACUCUUCCACCUUCUAAAUCUACUAUUAGACCCCAAAAGGAUGUCACCAACCAUGAUGCUUUGCCUGCCAAAGCUGCAAGACCCAUCAGCAGUAAACUUCAGUCCAGACCUGCCAAUAUCACAGAGUCCCAGAGGCCAAAGCUGGAGCCACCCAAACUUCUGGGCAAAAGGCUGACUGCAGGAUGUGUUUCUUCCAACCCAACCUGUAAGCCUUCCAGCAGCAGUCAACAGCAGCAUGGAUUCAGAUCAUCUACUACUGGAGAACUGUCAAGAAAAACUGUGCAGCCGCUUAACACACAGGAAUUAAAAACUACAAAGCAGCAGGUAACAGAUCAAGGAAUUGCUAAAUAUACAGACUCUGUGGACAAUACCCAGGUUGAAAAUGAAUCCUCGGAUAGCUGUCUGAAAGAGAUGAACAAAGAGAACUUGCCCCAAACCUUACCAGACUCAGAGAGGAAGCCAGAUCCUGAAUUAAGGACUUUAAGUAAGCCAGAAGCUAAUCAAACCAAGAGCAGUUUAGUUCCUACUAAACAAUCCCUGGGCAAAAGGUCAGUGAAUAGUGCUGUUCUGAAAGAAAGAGCUAAUAAACAAUUUGUUGGAAAAACACAAAUCAGGAUUCCCCCAGUGACAUCACAGCAACACUGUAGAAGAGCAGAUCUUUCAAGACCAGAGGGGAAGACCCCAAAAACAGUUCCCUCUCACUAUGUUCAGACACUUAAUAGGACUCAAGCAUCAAAGAAACUGAUGGUUAAGGACAUAAAGAAUAUGAAGGUUAAUAGGGGUAAAUACGAAAGGCCAAACGAAACUAAGUUACAGUCAUGCCGCAUGACUGAACAGAAGGAAAAACCUAACAAACCCAGAACAUACCCCAGUGUGCUUCAAGGAUGCAACAACAGACAUCCAAACAUUAAGCAAGAUCAUAAACCCACUCAAGCUUGUGUUAGACCUCGGACAUCGUAUGUACAGCAAAAAUCAAAAGCCGUAAACCAAAGGCCUAAUUUGACACUUGGCAGGUUUAAUUCAGUUGUUCCAAGCACCCCUAGCAUAAAAGCAAAUGGAACUAAUGGAAAUAAAUACAACAACAGCUGUCAACCAAAAACAUGGACUUUGGACUCCAAAUCGAAAAGGGCGCUUCCCCAGAACUGCUUUCUAAACAAGACAGCUCCCAGAAUGCAAGCUGGUGGCACAACUAUAAAUGGAAGAAGAGUCCCAAAUGGGACCCAACCUAAUCCAAAUGUUAAGAAGACCACAGCAGAGGAUAGAAGGAAACAAUUGGAAGAAUGGCAGAAAUCUAAGGGGAAAAUCUAUAAACGGCCUCCUAUGGAACUUAAAACCAAAAGGAAAAUUAUAGAGGAAAUGAAUAUUUCAUUCUGGAAGAGUAUGGAAAAAGAAGAGGAGGAAAAGAAAGCACAGCUUGAACUGUCCAAUAAAAUCAAAAACACUCUGACAGAGUGCCUGCAGCUCAUUGAAGGGGGUGUACGUUCUAAUGAAAUAUCUGCCAUAUUGUCCAGUAUUCCUGAGGCUGAAAAAUUUGCUAAAUUCUGGAUCUGCAAAGCAAAGUUGUUGGCAAAUAAAGGCACCUUUGAUGUUAUUGGGCUGUACGAAGAGGCCAUUAGAAAUGGGGCCACACCAAUACAAGAAUUGCGGGAAGUUGUUCUUAGUAUCUUGCAAGAUCCAAACAGAACCACAGAAGGAAUUACCUCUAACUCUUUAAUUGCUGAAACUAAUAGAACAUCAAUAGAUGAGCUGGCAGAGAAAACGGAAUCUGGAAAGUCUUGUCUUUCCCCAAAAGAGGGGGAACAGGUUACAGCCACACCCCCGAUCACCACUUCAGAACAGGCUCCUCAUCCUGGUAUCAAAUUACAGGUCGCGCCCAUCCCUAGAAUGGGUGGAAUGCCGGAAGUGCAAGACAUGAAGCUCAUCACCCCUGUGCGGCGUUCGGCAAGGAUUGAGCGAGUUGUUUCCCGCUACCCAGAAAUGCUGCAGGAACACGACUUAGUGGUGGCUUCACUCAAUGAGCUCUUGGAAGUGGAAGAGACAGACUGUUUUAUAUUCCGCAAAAAUGAGGCUUUGCCUGUAACAUUGGGGUUUCCAACCCUUGAAUCAUAAUUUCUUGAUUUAUUUUUGGCUGCACCCACAGCACACGGAAGUUCCAAGGCCAGG